GCCCUCCUCGGCUUCCGUCCCAGAUGAUCCCUCCCCGAGGGUGCCACCACCUCCUCCAUCUCCUAGAGCUGGAGCCGUCUCCUUUGCCAGUGGCGUAGCCGGACUCGGUGUUUGGGCCAGCAAGAUAGGGGUGGAGGCCCGAAGCCCGGUCUGGACUCCAGCGGGGGGCCAUGGAGAAAGCGGCCCGAAGCGCUCCCCACACCGACUAACGCAGGUCCGCUGCAGCUGCAGGCGCCAUGGACCGAACCCCCACAGACCAGAAUGUCAAGCUGUCAGCUGAAGUAGAGCCAUUUAUUCCCCAGAAGAAGAAUCCUGAUACAUUUAUGAUCCCUAUGGUACUCCCAAAUGAUAAUGGAAGUGUUUCUGGUGUAGAACCAACUCCAAUUCCCAGCUACCUGAUUACUUGUUAUCCAUUUGUGCAGGAAAACCAGUCCAAUAGACAGUUUCCAUUAUAUAACAAUGAUAUACGAUGGCAACAGCCCAAUCCAAACCCUGCUGGACCAUACCUUGCUUACCCCAUUAUAUCUACUCAGCCACCUGUUUCUACAGAGUAUACAUAUUAUCAGCUGAUGCCAGCACCAUGUGCCCAAGUUAUGGGUUUCUAUCAUCCUUUUCCUACACCUUACUCCAAUACCUUUCAGGCUGCAAAUACUGUAAAUACUAUAACCACAGAAUGCACUGAGCGUCCAAAUCAACUGGGACAGGUCUUCCCAUUGUCUUGUCAUCGAAGCAGAAACAGUAACAGAAGCCCAGUGGUACCAAAACAACAGCUUCUACAGCCGAACAUAAAAAGCAAAAGGCCGCUGGUGAAAAAUGUAGCUACUCAGAAAGAGACAAAUGCAGCAGGUCCCGAUAAUCGGUCAAAAAUAGUGCUUCUGGUAGAUGCUUCACAGCAAACUGAUUUCCCAUCAGAUAUUGCUAAUAAAUCUCUUUCGGAGAGCACUGCCACAAUGCUCUGGAAGUCAAAAGGCAGGAGGAGAAGAGCAUCUCACCCCACUGCUGAAUCCUCUAGUGAGCAGGGGGCUAGUGAAGCUGACAUUGACAGUGAUAGUGGUUACUGCAGCCCCAAACACAGCCACAACCAGCCUGCAACAGGGACUUUGAGAAACCCUGAUUCUGGGACCAUGAAUCAUGUGGAAUCAUCUGUAUGUUCAGGUGGUAUAAAUUGGUCCAAUGUAACUUGUCAGGCAACUCAGAAAAAACCUUGGUUGGAAAAAAAUCAGACAUUCUCUAAAGGUGGAAGGCAAAUGGAACAAAGAAAUAAUUCACAGGUUGGAUUCAGAUGCCGCGGACAUAGUACUUCUUCAGAAAGAAGACAGAAUAUGCAAAAGAGACAAGAUAAUAAGCAGUUAAACUCCAGUCAAUCCCAUAGAAGUGACCUAAAUUCUGAGUCUUUAUAUUUUAAGGAUGAAGAUGGGUUUCGAGAACUAAGUGAGAAUGGAAAUGCUAAAGAUGAGAAUAUUCAACAGAAACUUUCUUCAAAAGUAUUGGAUGAUUUACCUGAAAACUCACCAAUUAAUAUAGUUCAGACUCCAAUUCCUAUUACAACCUCUGUUCCCAAGCGUGCAAAAAGUCAGAAGAAGAAGGCUCUAGCUGCAGCCCUUGCCACAGCUCAGGAAUAUUCAGAAAUAAGUAUGGAGCAAAAAAAACUACAGGAAGCUUUAUCAAAAGCAGCUGGAAAAAAGAAUAAAACACCUAUGCAGCUGGAUUUGGGGGACAUGCUAGCUGCUCUGGAAAAACAACAACAAGCGAUGAAAGCACGGCAAAUUACUAAUACUAGACCUCUGUCAUAUACAGUGGUCACUGCAGCGUCUUGUCACACUAAAGACUCUGCUAACAGAAAACCUUUAACCAAAAGUCAGCCCUGUUUGACAUCUUUUAAUUCUUUGGACAUUGCUUCCUCCAAAGCAAAAAAAGGAAAAGAGAAGGAAAUUGCAAAACUAAAACGACCUACAGCACUUAAAAAGGUUAUUUUGAAAGAAAGAGAGGAAAAGAAGGGUCGUUUAACUGUGGACCACAAUCUUUUGGGAUCUGAAGAACCAAUAGAAAUGCACUUAGAUUUUACUGAUGAUUUGGCACAGGAGAUUGUUUCCCAGGAAGAUACUGGACUGAGCAUGCCCAGUGAUACUUCACUCUCUCCAGCAAGUCAGAACUCUCCAUAUUGUAUGACACCUGUGUCACAAGGUUCUCCUGCUAGUUCCGGGAUAGGCAGUCCAAUGGCAUCUUCAACAAUAACCAAAAUCCACAGCAAAAGAUUUAGAGAGUAUUGUAACCAGGUUCUUUGUAAAGAGAUUGAUGAAUGUGUGACUCUUCUUCUCCAAGAGCUUGUCAGUUUCCAGGAACGGAUUUACCAAAAGGAUCCUGUAAGAGCAAAAGCAAGGAGACGGCUGGUUAUGGGUUUAAGGGAGGUUACCAAACAUAUGAAGUUAAACAAGAUUAAGUGUGUGAUAAUUUCUCCAAACUGUGAAAAAAUCCAAUCAAAAGGUGGCCUGGAUGAGGCUCUCUAUAAUGUUAUAGCCAUGGCACGGGAACAAGAAAUUCCUUUUGUGUUUGCACUUGGAAGAAAAGCUCUAGGACGCUGUGUAAACAAGCUGGUUCCUGUUAGUGUAGUGGGAAUUUUCAACUACUUUGGUGCUGAGAGCCUGUUCAAUAAGUUAGUAGAACUCACUGAGGAAGCCAGGAAAGCAUAUAAAGAUAUGGUUGCAGCAAUGGAACAAGAGCAGGCUGAGGAAGCCUUAAAGAAUGUGAAAAAGGUACCACACCACAUGGGACAUUCUCGAAAUCCCUCUGCAGCAAGUGCAAUUUCUUUCUGCAGUGUCAUAUCUGAGCCCAUCUCUGAAGUAAAUGAAAAGGAAUAUGAAACAAAUUGGAGAAACAUGGUGGAAACUUCAGAUGGACUGGAAACCUCAGAAAAUGAGAAGGAGGUUUCCUGUAAGCACACUACAUCUGAAAAACCCAGUAAACUUCCAUUUGAUACAACCCCUGUUGGUAAGCAGCCAUUGACAGUGGCUACAGGCAGUACUACCUCAGCUAUAAGUCCUGGGAAGUCUGCAGCAAGCGAUAAAGAGGAAAUGAAGCCAGAUGACCUAGAAUGGGCUUCACAGCAGAGUACAGAGACUGGCUCUUUGGAUGGCAGUUGCCGAGAUCUUUUGAAUUCCUCCAUCACUAGCACCACCAGCACUCUUGUACCUGGCAUGCUUGAAGAAGAGGAUGAUGAAGAUGAGGAGGAAGAGGAAGAUUAUGCUCAUGAACCUAUAUCUGUAGAAGUACAGCUCAAUAGUAGAAUUGAGUCUUGGGUCUCAGAGACCCAGAGAACUAUGGAAACCCUGCAACUUGGAAAAACUCUUAAUGGUUCUGAGGAAGACAAUGCAGAGCAAAGUGGAGAAGAGGAAACAGAGGUGUCUGAGCCGCUGGAGGUGGGAAUGGACAGUGAGGCGUGGACUCCUGACCAAGAAGCAAGUCACGAGCACCAGAAACCCAGCAACUGCAGCUCACUGAACCAAGAACGCUCUGAUUCUAAUUGUGUACCCCAAAAUAUAUAACUCAGGAAAUGUCAGCUAUCUCCAACUAUAUUAAGGGUUGCAGCCAUUACCUUUUAUGCUUCAUCUCAACAUAUUGCACUGUUCAAUAUUUAAUACAUGUAUUUAAUUUCCAACUGAAAUACUUUUGUAGCUUUCUUUUACUUGUUUUGUUCUAUAGCUCAGCUUUUAAAUGGCAUCUGAGUCUUUCUAAGAACUGUGUGGAAAAUUCAGAACCAUUUCAGCUUAUGUAAUGGAAAACAAUGGUUAAAAAAAGACCAAGUUUUGAAGAAAAUAAAUUUAAAUUACCUAUUUAGACUCAUUUUGAAAGUUAAAGAUCAAGUUUCUAUGGAUAGGAGCAUUUACCAGAGUUUGCUUUAAGACCAUGCCUCCUUUCAUGUGACCAGAAAAUUGUAAGAGUUCUUUAAAAAUGAUCUCAAGGUAGAGUCAGAAAAUGAUAUAAAAGUCUGAGAGUAAGUCCAUGAAGUGUUUUGUGUUAAAAAUUGAUGAAACUUUUGUUUUGCUCACAAAUACUGAUUUCAGAAGUCACUGAUCAUUGUGAAAGAUUCAAGUUGGAAUGGGCUACAACAGAACUUUUAAAACAGGCUAGCAAAGGAAACCAGCCACCAUGAUAGGUUAUAGCUGGCCUUAUUUGUAGAAAGUGAUAGAUGUCUGUGAUAGUGAAAAGUCUCCCACGUUAGCACCUUCCAGGUAGAUCUAACAUUUGUUUCUUACCUCAGGAAUGCUCUUGUACGUAGAUUUUAGGCAGACUUCAACAGGUGAAUAACUGUAAUUGAUUGUAUGAUUGUAGCACUUAAUGUAAACUAUCCAGAAACAAAGCUCUUAUGCUUGUGUGUUCUCUUGCAUACUUCUGGCCCAGGAUCCUCUUAGUUUGAGCUAUGGAUCUAGUUGGGUACCCAAACUCAUCCUGAGUGAAACUGUUUCACCUUUUUAAAAUAUACAUUUUGCGCUUAGCCUUGAGCAUCUUCCAUAUAACAAUGACCAUAGUCACUGACAGGAGGUAAGGGAAACAAGCUUUACACAACUUAACAACAUAUAUCCUGAGAAUUCAAGGCUUGGAAGAGGAAGUUUUAGAAGAAAAGAGAAAGUUGUUUUACUGUGCUGAAUCUGUUAGGUGAUUUAUAGUGUGCAGGUGUUAAUUCUUGAUCACUGUUACUUAUCUCUGCCCUUCUCUAGGAAUGUAUAUAUCUUCUUGGGAGAAAUUAAACCUGCUGAGCUAAAUAUUUUAUUUGCUAGUCAGUCACCAGCUGGACUGUAGUGACCUCUACAAAUUUAUGUAAUAGGGGGAAAAUUAUAAAUAGCUAUUUUUAUGACUCCCCUCCAAUCCCCCCACCUAGAAAACACCCUGAAACAUGCACACACCAGCCCUCCAGUUAUAAGCUCCCAUAAAGAAGCACAAAGAAAACCAGGGAGGGAGGGGAAUUUUCCCUGUUCUGGUUAUAUCAGGCUUUGCCUCAUAGAAGGAGAGGAGAAUUGGGCAGAAUAUUUACCAAACACAUUGAGACUACUGUGUUAGUUUUGGUGUUUUAUAAUGCUGAUAUUUAACUACGAAAGAGCUAAGAUUCUUGGUUGAUGAUUUAGUGUUUGUGAAGUGUGGAAGUUUGGGAGCAUUGCUGUGUAGGAAAUGUCAGUCUGUCAACCUUACUAGUGUGCUGAAAGGGGAUGUUAUUGUACUAUCCUAUCUAAACUGUUUUCCAGUAUUGACUUCUUAGGCACUAAGUAUCCAACACUUAAAGGAUACAGUAUGUAAGGAAUGAAGCCUCUGAAAUAGAAAUCAUGGAUUUGUAUGUGGCAGAUCUUACUGUCUACACAUUCGGAAGCAUUAGUUUAAAGAAAUGAUAGAGGUUUUGAACUACUGACAGUCUUAAAAGUGAAUUUUAAAACUUUUCAUAAUUUUUAUGGUGUACAUUUCCUUUGCUUAAUGUCAGUGAUUCAGAUAACUCUUGAUCUUGAGAUAAUGGCUUUUCAAAGGUUUCUUAUAUUUUAUAUCUCUUUUGAACAUGAAUUGCCAUUUUAGAUUUUUUGACAUUUGUAUCAAAAGAGAAGUUCAAGAAAUCCUAUGAGCACCAAUAAUUUUAAAUUUUGCUAUAUAGACUUCAGGAGUGUUCAGUUAUAUAUUCAAUAAAUGCUCUUGCACAUGCAGUACCCCUUCUGCCAGCAAACCCAAGGGACCACAGCCUUUUUUUUAAAUGCAGGAGACAGGUCACCUCUAGAGGAUAAACCAAAAUUCGAUAAAGGAAAUGCUACUAUGUUGAGAGUAUGCUUUAAGUAUUAAUUAUGUGCUUAAAAUUUGUUUCCUUUAGGUAAAUUUUGGAAUUUUGUUAUAUUAGAAGCCUCCUCUUUGGAGGAUGUGUGAAAGUUAGGAAAGUGGUGUUCUGUUUUGUUUUGUUCUUGGAAGAGGGUGUGGCUCUUUUGAAACCUAGAAAAAGACCUAAUGAUAAGAGUAAAAUUUCAUCAUCACAAGAAAUAAAAACCAUAGUGAUUCUUAAUUCUUAGUUUGUAGAGGUUGUUUUACUGGCACUAAUUAUUAGAUUUAUAUUUCAAUAUAUGUGUAUGAAUUUCAAUAUGAAUUGCACUCCCAAAAUUAGAUUUCUGCUUCAGUAGGUUUGUUUGCUGUAAGAUUACUUCUCAAAAGACAAAUGUUCAUAUUAGCUUAAUUUUUGGUUUAAAUAUGUUGUAAAUGAUACAAUAUAUUUCUUUUGACUAAGCAUGGAAAAUAAUGAAAAAUUUUUAAAGGCUUUGGCUGGAGGUCAUUUUUGCAGAGAAGGUAUUUUAUAUGCUUCCAGUAUUUGGAAAAGAAGUAGUCAAAAGAAAUUCACAUAGUUUAAUUAAAUACUGAAGAAAUUAAUAUCCAAAUAAUGCACUUGUCUGAUUUCUUACUAAGCUCGGGGAGGUGGGUGGGUGGGAAUUGUAAUGUGCAAAUUAGUAAUGAACUCUAUAUUCAUUUUCAACUCUUUAACAUAAAGCUGUUAAAUUGUAACACAUUUUUACUUUAAAUAUAUGUAUUAAGAAGUAUUACUGUUUGUUAAGCUGCUGUUUGCUUAAAACAACAACAAAAAAACCAACCCUGUCAUUUAAGUAUGUUCUGUACAUUGUGCCAACAGGUUAGAAUAUUAAUUUAAUGAAUGUUAAAAAUUAAUUCUCUUGUACUGAUUUAAAUUUUUUUUCUGUGAAAUGAUUUAUUUACAAACAUCUUCUUCCACCCUUACCCCAUCGAACCCUCACAUACAUACAGAAUCAACCAAAAUGUGUUUCCCUAUCUGAAAUCUGAAUCCAAGUCAGUGAUAAAAAUUUAAACUUUGUUGGCAAAUCACACCUUAAAGUAUUUGCAUUAUUUUGUAAUUUAAUUUCUAAAUAUUCCACAUAAAUUUAUAAUUUAAUGUCUCAAUUUUAAUGCUCUAAUAAAAAGCUAGCAAAAAGUAAUGAAUUAUAACAUGAAGGGAUUUUCAUUUUGUUCUUUUGCUGUAUGAAGGAUAAUUAUAUUACAUGUUGGGGGUAAUAACAGCUUUUUUGCACUAUGUAAAUACUAGUGGGGAUUCUUCUGUAACUAAUAAAAUGAUUAUUGAAUGUAGCCUAUCAUUUUGGAAUUCAUAUUUAAAGAAUUCAUGACUUGCCCAUCUUUUAUGAUAGAGGGAAAAAAGGAAUGUCCAGCUUGUGAUAUUGCUCAUUGCUUGCAUGGUUUGCCAAAGAGGUAGUAAAAACUAUAGUAAGGAGUUACUAAUAAAAAUCUCCAUCUGGGGUGGUCAUUGUCUUCUGUAGUGUGGGCCUAGGCGUCUAGCCAGAGACUAUUCUGAUGUUAGGAGAAGGUUCCUACAAAUUCUUUCUCCUUCUUGUGGUAGUUACUCUGUAUAAGGCAUUGUUGGAAGCCAUUUCCCAACAUUAAAAUAUUUAAUCCUCACAA